UGCGAAGAUCCUCCGCUAAGAAAUACUGAAAACAGAACGAAACUGCGGAACGCUCGUGAUUGGUUCCGCUCUCGUUCCGCGUUAUGCUAUUCCGCUGCAUGGGUUCGCACCCUCAGGCUUCUCUCUGCUGACAGUAAAUUUUGAAACAUAGCCAAUGGAGUGUAGCUAUACCGCCAUUAUGAUUUCUUGCAGGCGGCAUUGAAAGCGUCUUAGCCAAAUAGAGGUUAUGGUUGAUACGUAAAAGUCAAGAAUAAAUAUUCAUGUAGCCGUUAAAUAGACAUAUACUCACUUUCCUUGAGUUAUUUUUGUAAGGAAAUCACGGGAAAUCCUACAAUCUUCAAGAUGUCUGGAGGUAUGCUUUAUGGUGGAGAUGAAAUAGGAGCAUUAGUCUUCGAUUUGGGCCAUCAUUCCUUAAGAGUAGGUUAUGCUCAGGAAGAUACCCCAAAGGCAGAAAUCCCAGCUGUUGUUGGUAUUGGAGAAGAUGCCAAUGGUACAGUCACUAAGAACGAACCUAUGGAUAUCGAUGAUAAGAAGCCUGAUAGUAAUAUCACGCAAAGCGGGACCAAAUAUUACAUUGAUACCACAAUUCUUCAUGUUCCACGAAAAAAUAUGGAGAUUGCUAGUUAUAUGAAAGAUGGUAUGAUUGAAGAUUGGGAUCAUUUUGAAAAGGUUUUAGAUUAUACAUAUUCCAAAAUAAUCCAAUCUGAUGCUGAAUAUCAUCCUGUAUUGUUUUCUGAAUCACCGUGGAAUAUGCGCAGCAAGAGGGAGAAGCUAACCGAAUUAAUGUUUGAAAAAUAUAAUGUACCAGCUUAUUUUCUUGUGAAAAAUGCAGUUUUAGCUGCAUUUGCAAAUGGUAGAGCAACUGGUAUUGUUGUUGAUAGUGGUGCUACACAUACUUCUGCAGUACCUGUGCAAGAUGGAUUUGUAUUGACACAAGCUAUUGUUAAAUCUCCCCUUGGAGGAGAUUACAUAAGUAUGCAAUGCAGACAGUACUUACAGGACAAUGAUAUUGAUUUAUCUCCUCCUUAUAUGGUGGGUAGCAAAGAGGUAGUCAAGGACCAUGAUAAACCACGAUGGGUUAAAAAGAAAGGUUUACCUGAAGUCACUAAGUCUUGGCAUAAUUAUAUGGUGAAGAAGAUAAUUCAAGAUUUCCAAGCCACAGUUCUCCAAGUAUCAGAAACGCCAUAUGAUGAGAAAAUUGUUUCUACAAUUCCUGCAGUACAAUAUGAAUUUCCUACUGGAUAUCAUCAGGACUUUGGAAGUGAAAGAUUUCGAAUACCAGAAGCGUUAUUUGAUCCUAGUAUGGUACAAAUGCGUGGAGGUAUGGUUGGUAAUACUAUGUUGGGAGUGGGACACAUCGUCACGACGAGUGUUGGCAUGUGCGACGUUGAUGUACGACCGGCGCUUUAUGGGAGUGUUGUGGUAACUGGUGGCAAUUCGUUUAUUCAGGGUUUUCCGGAGCGCUUGAAUAGAGACUUGUCCAUGAGAAUACCUUCUAGCAUGCGUCUCAAAUUGAUUAGCGCGAAUGGAUGCGCGGAAAGAAGAUUCGGAGCUUGGAUAGGAGGUUCAAUUUUAGCGUCGAUCGGUACUUUCCAACAAAUGUGGAUCUCCAAUCAGGAAUAUGAAGAGAGUGGAAAAAGUCAAGUAGAAAGAAAAUGCCCUUAAACCGUGAUACUUUGUUGUACAUUUUCAUCGAGUCAUAUUAGAGUGUCAGGUUUGUACAGACAAAGCAUAGCAAAGAGAGUGAAUACAAUUUUCGGGACAUAUAAACCUACAUUUUAUGA